AUUACUUUUCAAGCAAGCUGAAGUUGAGUUCCUCUCAAUAAUUGUUGUCCGCAGUGAAACAUGGUUCACGUCUUGGGGGUGCAGCUCCCAGACUACCAAUAUGCAAGGUUCGCGUUGACUGCAUUCUAUGGCAUUGGCCACAAAACUGCACAUCGACUUUGUGCACGUCUUCAGAUUCACGACAAGUGCAAAGUUCGAAGUCUAACACCUCAUCAAAUCACAGAACUUGCCUCAUUCCUUUCCUCACCUUCUACUUCAACUCCCAUUCCUCGCUUUCCAUUAGCCACGUCGUCCUAUAGACCUCCACCGGCCUCAACUCCACUCGCGGCCCUGAAGGAGGAGACGAAGAAGUUCUCGCAAAGGGCAUGGGCAGAUCCGUUGAAAAACAUCAAGAUUGAGAGCGAAGCAAGGAGAGUGGUCAAGGAUAAUAUUGCGCAUCAACGCAUGAUAGGCAGUUACGUCGGAAAGAGGCAUGCCAUGGGUUUGCCAGUCCGCGGCCAGAAUACCCAAAACAACGCGCGGACCGCGAAGAAACUCAACAGGGUCGAUCGUCGUGGCUGAGGGUGUUUAUUAUGUAUGUCCCUAUAUCCUCGGAAGUCCACUCCGCGCUUGUCCCGUAUUCGUUUUCUAGAUAAUACACUUUUCCUAAGUACAAAAUGAU